AGAGAGGAGGAAUAGUGGUGCUAUUGAGGGCUGGUGUGCAGGUGGUGGGGGGGAGGUGGUGUGUGCAGUGAGAGAGAGAGAUUAAUACAUAAAUACAUAAAUACAGUCACACUGGAACACAAAUCACUGCAACUGACCAGGACUGCAGUGAAGGGGAGUGGGAAAGGCAAUAAAGGUGUUUGCAUCUCCCAAUGCCCCUGUGAGCUGCGCUGUGCUGCGCUGUGCCCAUCAUGUGGCUGAAGCCCGAGGAAGUGCUGCUGAGAAACGCUCUGAAGCUCUGGGUGGCGGACAGGGACAACGCUUACUUCGUUCUGCAGCGCCGGCGGAGGCAGGGAGACAGCGGCGGCAAACUGAGCGGUCUUCUGGUGGGUGCUUUAGAUGCAGUACUUGAUUCCAACGCCCGUGUUACUCCAUUCCGAAUUCUGCAUCAGAUGCCAGGAUCACAAGUGUAUUGGGUCAUAGCUUGUGGUGCCACAGUGGAGGAGAUCAGCCAACAUUGGGAGUGGCUAGAACAGAAUCUUCUGCACACCCUUUCUGUCUUUGAUAAUAAGGAAGAUGUCACCAGCUUUGUUCAUGGUAAAGUCAAGGGACUUAUAGCUGAAGAAUCGAGGAGUAAAUUAGCAGAGCAAGAGGAAGAUCCGGAGAAAUUUCGUGAGGCUUUGGUAAAAUUUGAGAACAGAUUUAAUUUCCCAGAUUCUGAAAAGUUGGUAACUUACUAUUCGUGUUGCUGCUGGAAGGGGCGGGUUCCCCGACAAGGCUGGAUAUACCUCAGCAUCAAUCAUCUCUGCUUCUAUUCCUUUUUGCUGGGCAAGGAAGUGAAACUUAUCAUCCCCUGGGCUGAUGUGACAAAGCUAGAACGAACUCCGAAUGCUCUUAUCAAAGAAACUAUUCGAGUGACUACGCGAAAUAAAGAGCGGGAUUUCUCCAUGUUUCUCAACAUAGAAGAGACAUUCAGGUUGAUGGAACAACUAGCAGAUGUAACUAUUCGUAGGUUGCUGGAUAAUGAAACAUUUGAGUUAGAUGCAUCUCUACAGGAACCCGCUCAAAUCACAAAAAAAGAUCUUGAAGACCGAGUGCAGAAUGAAUAUUUCAGAGCCUGCUUCAGGCUGCCACGGGAGGAGAAGUUGAAACACAUAGUGAAUUGUUUCCUAUGGACACCAUAUAGCCAAUGCCAUACUGCAGGGAAACUAUACACUUCAGAAAGUUACAUCUGCUUUGCCAGCAAAGAGGAAGGCACCUGUAAUGUGAUCAUUCCACUCCAGGAGGUGGUUACUGUGGAGAAGAUGGAAGACACUAAUCUCCUCCCAAAUCCAAUCAUUGUUAGUAUCAGAAGCAAGAGUGUCUUUCAGUUUACGGAAGUUCAAGAUCGGGAUAACCUACUGGAGCAACUAACCGAACAACUUAAAUUUAUAAAAAACAGUAAAUCUCGUCUCCCUGAGAGAUCAGGUGUCGGCGAAAUGGUUUCUUCAGAUUCUUCAGAGUGUCAUGAAGGGUCCUGUAAAAGUGGCACAAAGCUGGAUUCUAAAGCAAAUCACUCAAAUACUGUAAAAGAAGAGAGUAGACAUUUGUUGAAUUCAAAAGGUUUAAUUCAAUUUCACCAGAAAAAAACUGGAAGUCCUGACUCUGGAAUGGGAAUGGAGGAAGUGAAAAAACGCUUAUGGUACGAUCAUUUUGUGGAAUAUGGACGCACAGUCAGUAUGUUUCGGACCGAGAAGAUAAGAAAGCUUGUUGCAAUGGGAAUUCCAGGAUCACUCCGGGGAGAGCUUUGGCUUCUGUUUUCAGAUGCUGUGACUGAUUUUGCUACUCAUCCUGAUUAUUAUGCUAAUCUGGUGGACGAAUCUAUGGGCAGGUGUUGCAUGGCAACUGAAGAGAUUGAACGUGAUCUGCAUCGUUCUCUGCCUGAUCAACCAGCAUUUCAGAGUGACACUGGAAUUGCACCGUUGAGGAGAGUCCUGACAGCGUACGCAUUCAGAAACCCUAAAAUAGGUUAUUGCCAGUCCAUGAAUAUUCUGACCUCAGUGUUAUUACUGUAUGCCAAGGAAGAAGAUGCCUUCUGGCUACUAGUCGCUAUCUGUGAGCGAAUGCUCCCAGACUACUUCAAUCGCAGAGUCAUUGGUGCUCAGGUAGACCAAGCUGUGUUUGAAGAACUUAUAAAAGAGCACUUACCAGAGCUGGCUGAACACGUGACAGACCUAUCUUGCUUAGCAUCCAUUUCCCUCUCUUGGUUCCUGACCCUGUUCCUUAAUAUCAUGCCCCUUCAGAGUGCAUUGAAUAUUGUUGACUGUUUCUUUUAUGAUGGAAUAAAGAUCAUCUUCCAGGUGGGCCUGGCUAUAAUAGAUGCCAACACUGAGGAGCUAUGUAACUGCACAGAUGAUGGACAAGCUUUGAUAAUCCUUAGCAGGUUUCUUGACAAUAUCACAAACAAAGAGAGCCCUUCAUUGUCACAAAUUGCUCAACAACAUGUCAUUAGCGAUGACAAGGAACUUGUUCCACAAGUGGAUAUAUCUGAUCUCAUUAGAGAUUCCUAUGAGAAAUUUGGACACCUUCACGCAGGACAGAUUGAGCAAAUGCGGUGUAGACACCGAAUACAAGUGUUACAGGGCUUAGAAGAUACGACUAAACAAAAUGUGCUUAGAGUUGUGGCACCAGAUGUUUCGUUCAACACUGAAGACCUUGGAGAACUUUACGAUCUAUUUAAGCGAGAACAUCUUUUAAGCUGUUAUUUGGGUGAAUAUGGUACAACCGCUCUAAAUCAUGAUCCCAGCCUCCCAUAUUUGGAACAAUACAGAAUAAAUAGCUUUCAGUUCCAUAGUCUCUUCUCUUUACUGAAUCCCUGGAUGUGGGGGACACAUACUGAUGUACUGGCACAGAGAACAUUUCGAGUCUUGGAUGAAAACUCAGACUCUCUCAUUGACUUCAGAGAAUUAGCGAGUGGCCUAGAUAUAAUGUACUACGGAGAAUUCAAUGAAAAACUCAAAUUGUUGUACAGACUGCAUGUUCCACCAGCCUGCAGUGAUGAUGAUAAAGACAACCUAUCUCCCCUGAAGACUACCUUUAUUGCGAAUGCACAGAGCAGUUACUUCAGGAAGUCGAAUGAUGAAGCAAUUGAUUACCAACACUAUUUGAAAAAGAUGCUCGAAGAUCUGGUGAAGAGAAAAGAAAAGGAAACCACCAAAGAUCUGCCACUGAUGUGUCAGAGAGAAUUCAUCCAGUUUUGCAAGACACUCUCCAAUAUGUUUCGAGAAGAUCCAGAUGAGAACGAUCUUUACCAGGCCAUAGCUACAGUCACCACUCUCCUGCUUCAGAUUGGAGAAGUAGGACAAAGACUACGUAACUCAGCCAGAAUAUCUGGUGAACUUCCCAGCACUCCUUCAAGAGAAUCCAUAACACCCACCCAUUCAGCAAGCAACGCUGUGUUUGGAAAUACUCAGGAUACCAAGCAGAAUCUGUCACAGUACCAAGAUGAUGCCUGGAACGUGUCUUUUGAACAGAUUUUGGCUUCCCUGCUGACUGAACAAUGCCUGGUGAACUUUUUUGAGAAGGCCAUAGAUACAAAGAGCAAAAUCCUACAUGCUAAAGUAAAUCCGUAUCAACAAAGAACUAAUCAAGCAAUCCAUUAGUUCUUCUGUAUCUUUCUGAAGUUUCAAUGCUGGUAAUUGAAAACUUUUAAAAUUUAAACAAGACUGCUUUGUGCUGUCUAAAUGUGUCUUCUGAAAACGUUCAUGUGCAAUCAAUUACUGUGAGGUUUACAAUUGUAUGUGUCCACUUUUGAAUAAAUUCACUUUUGUAUACUU